AUGCCGCCCCACGUCACCCCUUCGCCCACCCGUCGCCCACCAUCGCCGCCCGUCGCCCACCGUCGCGCACUAACUAUUGCCUUCAUUCGUGCAUCGUUGCCCACCACUAUUUCUCCUCAACCACAUCGGCCGCAAUCGCGUCCACCAUUGUUCCCCUUCCUGCACCAUCGCCCCCCGUCGCGCACCAUCGUCCACUAUCCUCCCCUAUUCUACGUUAUCGUCUUUCGUUCUCGAUCAAUCGCCAUGGGCGGAUCGAAAAAAUCGAAAAAAUCGACAAAGUCCGCAAAAGAGAUCAUCGAGCUUCUCUUGGCUACAGCUAACAAUGUGAUCGAAAAUAAUGGCAGAUUGAGUGAGCGCAGAAUAAGGACAGUGCAAAGAGCGAAAUUGACCUCUGCCUCCUCAAGUAAGGGCGCAAUAUGGAGAGCGAACAAGUACAUUAACUUCAAAAGUCGUGUGGAGGGAGAAUGCGGUCACCUCAUACAGCGUCUCUGCACCUACGCUAUUGGAGGCGACCGUAUUAAGCGUAUGGUGGUUGAUGAUAUUUCGAAACUGCAUGACUUCCUCAAGAAGGCAGCGAACGACUACCCGCUCAAACGUGCGGCGGAACUGUUGGAAGUCGAGACCAAAACUCAGGAGCAGAAGCAGAAGCAAACACACGGGUCUCUUGACUAUGCUACAUCGGCAAACGUGGAGAAAGCUCAGAAACGACUACCGAUUGUCCCAGAGAUACGAGGCGAGGUCAAGGCGGUUCAUUGGAAAUGGUCCAGGCAAGCCAUAACCGCUGGUUUCGGCGAGCAAUUUGCCAACGCGACUGCUUGUGCAGAAGGUCGAGAUAUCACAAUCAUCUUUCCCGCCAAUCCUGCCCUUGAUUGUGUAGUAUCAUUUCCCCUUGACUUACCCACCGCAAAGAGCCUUGCGGAUGCGCUGUUCAAUAUCGUGGUGAACUUCCCGGGCGAGACACUCUCCGUCGACGAUAAGAUCAUGUUAACUUGUGAUCCAACGGGUAUCGGCCUCAGGCGCCAGGCGGAAGGUCCUAUAACCAGGGUUCUCGGUAAAAGAGUCUGGGAGUAUACUCAAAAUUGUCAGACCCGGCAGCUGGAAAAGUAUAGUGGUAACGGCACCGAUUGUGUAUGCUUGUCAAUUACGGAAAAGCAUAGCACUCUUAAUGUUUGCGUUGCGCUAGUUGAGGUUGUGACAAAGCUCAAGCCGUUGUUGGACGCUAACAAUACGUGA